AUGGUUUUGAAGUAUAUUAAGGACAUAAUUUUCCUCUUUAUGACUGUGGUUGGCACUCUGGGGAACAUGUCUGUUUCUGUGAAUUAUAUGUUCAGUUGGUGGAGAAGCCCUGAGAGGAAACCCAUACACCUUAUUCUCAUCCACAUCGCUUUUACAAACAUCCUAAUCCUUCUUGUAAAAGGAUUGCCAAAGACAAUAGCAGCUUUUGGUUUGAGAAACUUCCUGGAUGACAUAGGCUGUAAAAUAAUUGUUUACCUGGAGAGGGUAGCCCGUGGCCUCUCCAUCUGCACCAGCAGUCUCCUCACUGUGGUCCAGGCCAUCAUCAUCAGUCCCAGAGUAUCUGGGUGGAGCAGGCUUAGGCCAAAGUCUGCAUGGCACAUUGUUCCAUUCUUCUCAUUCUUUUGGAUACUCAAUGGUUUAAUAUGCGUGAACUUAAUCUAUUCCAUCACAAGUACAGGUCCAAAUAUAUCACAGCAUAUAAAUGAAGAUAAUUAUUGCCAUUUCACACUGGAAACUCAGGAAAUAAAAUGGAUUGUUCUCCCUCUCAUGGUCCUGAGAGAUGCAGUGUUUCAGGGUGCUAUGGGAGGGGCCAGUGGCUACAUGGUAUUUCUUCUCCAAAAACAUCACCAGCAGGUCCUCCACCUUCUCAGCUCCAAGCUUCUCUACAGAACUCCCCCUGAGCUGAGAGCUGCCCAGAGUGUCCUCCUUCUAAUGCUCUGUUUUGUUUUCUUCUACUGGAUAGAUUGUGCCUUUUCUCUAAUUAUAAGCAUCUCUUCAGAGGAAAAUACCUUGGUGGUAAAUACUCGGAAUUUUCUGACCCUUGGUUAUGCAACUUUUAGCCCCCUUGUGUUGAUUCACAGAGAUGGGCUUCUGGUCAAAUUUUAG